AUGCUCCCGAUCCUCUUCCUAUUCACCACCCUCCUUCUCCCCGUCUUCGUCCGUGCCGCGCCCCUCGUAACAGCCGACAUCCCCUCAACCCUCCGUCUGGCCACACCAACCGACAUGUUGGACCUCAACACCGCACUCCCCAUCGUCUCCGCUCACACGCAAUCGACGCUGCUCAACAUGGGCCUCUCCUCCACCUUUCUCGGCGAGACUGCUUCGCAUCGCCUUCUCUUCCCGGCUCCGCGCUUUCAUCAUCUCGCGUACCUCAUACCGCACACCACGCAUCCGUAUUCGGAACUGCUCGUUGCGACCGCCCACGACGAGGGGGGUAAGGUGCACAGUUACGGCUGGCACCGCGGGAGCAGGUGGGAUAUGCGAGUGAGGAGGAACAUCGGGAUUCAGGUGGGCGACAAGUGGUUGUUGGCGGACAACGUGCCCGUGGGUGGGUUUGCCGUGGUGCGCGCUCCCUGGGCGGACAACGAGGAGAAGAGGGGGGACUAUGUGACGUUGGGCAACGAAGUUCCGGCUGAGGUCAUGUGGCGGUACGACGGACCGACCAGGGCCGAAUGA